UUUUCAGAUUCUUGCAUGGUAUCGUCUCCUCCUGACGCUCUCUUUUGGCCGGUCCUUAUACGCUGUUCGCGUAUAGUGUUUGUUGGUGUCGGUACGACAGGCAAAAAUACACGAUCCUAUGAAUUUUCAUGAAAAACGGAGAAUGAGAGACUCGUUCAGUAUUACCUGGAGACUUUAUCGACAGUGCUUGAAAAUGGGCGUAGCGGAGUAGUUUCAAAAAUAAAAGUGGGCGUAAAGCGCUGGAAACUGCUUAGCUUACUUUACUGACGCCAUAGUGCAGAAAUUUUCGGGGCUUUCAAGCAACACAAACAAGCCUUGUAAACCUCGUAAGGAAGAAAUGCCGCAUUAUUUGAGGUUGUGAUCGGCCGCCGGGGGGGGACAUAAUCCCCGAAACUUGAGUCGCGAAUAUUAGCGAUCGUAUGAAUUCGCGCGCGCACAUCUUCGUACAGCGGGUUCAGGACGAAAUCUAAUUUCUGGAGUUGAAAGAUAUUAAUAUCAUUUCAGUCGAGAUAAGUACGCGGCAGGAUGAACGUGCGCUCUUUAUCAAGGUUAUGUUGCGCCGUCAGAAACGCAAAUUUCGACAAACGCCGAUUUUACUGCAGCAGAAAUGUAUUGAAGCUCCACGAAAGGGGCAUGUACGAGGAUAUAUUUCCCGAUACUAGUACAAAUGAGAUAGUGGAUUUACUGAAUAAAUCGUCCCAGUGCGUCUACGCUGGCUUCGAUCCGACAGCAGACAGCUUACAUAUCGGCAAUCUGCUCAUCCUGAUGAAUCUCUUGCACUGGCAAAGGGCGGGACAUCAAGUUAUAGCUCUGGUAGGAGGAGCUACCGGUUUAAUAGGCGAUCCCAGCCACAGGAAGUCCGAGCGCGUCGAAAUAGAAAAGUAUUUGGUCGAGGAGAACGUAAAGUCCAUCGCAAAGAAUAUACAGACCAUAUUUAAUAAUCACGAGGAGAACUUUUGGAGGGACAAGACUGCGACACUGAAGCCACUGAUUAUACUCAACAACCUGAGCUGGUAUACAAACGUGAACGUCAUUGACUUCAUCAGAAAUAUCGGAAAGUACCUUCGAAUGGGCACAAUGCUGGGCAGAUCCUCGGUAGAGUCGCGAUUGAACUCGGACACCGGGAUGAGUUUCACCGAGUUCACGUAUCAAGUGUUCCAAGCGUACGAUUGGCUUCACUUGACGGAAAAUUACAAGUGUCGCUUCCAAAUCGGCGGCAGCGACCAGAUGGGCAACAUCAUGUCCGGAUACGACCUGAUCACGAAGAGUACAAGAAAAGAAGUUUACGGCAUCACGUUGCCGCUCAUAACGGCCGAAGGCGGGAAGAAAUUUGGAAAGUCUCUCUUGAACGCGGUGUGGCUGUCUCCGGCCAAAUCCUCCAGCUUCCAAUUAUACCAGUAUUUCAUCAGAACCAAAGAUUCCGACGUCGAGAGAUUCUUGAAACUGUUCACAUUUUUACCGCUGAAUAAAAUUGCAGAGAUUGUGAAGAGUCAUAUGAACGAUCCGGAACAGAGAAGAGCGCAAAAGUUAUUAGCGGAGCAAGUCACGCUCUUGGUGCAUGGAGAGGAUGGACUAUUGGCCGCAAAACGCGCCUCUGCAGCACUGUAUGAUAAGUCAAUCGAGUCAUUUGUAAGAUUGAAUCCGUUGGAACUAACAGAUGUGUUUGAAGGCGCAACCUUGGUGGAUAUCAUGACCGAGCCAGGCAUCACCGUGUACGAGCUGGCGAAGAAGGCAAAGUGCUUUAAAACCGAUCACGAUGCCGAACGAAUUAUAACAGCGGGCGGUUUUUAUGUAAACCACCAAAGAGUCACUAAUUUAAACGAGGUACUUGUACCUGGCAUCCAUAUACUAAGUAAUAAUGUGUCAUUGCUUAGAGUUGGAAAAAAGACGUACCACAUAGUCCGAUGGCAAUAAUAAAAGGAAACCACGUGUACAAAUGUA